AUGGAACGGCGCUGCCGCUUUAUGUUCGCCGAGCUGAGGCACGUCCUCGAGGCGCAGGACGGGGAGACGCCGCCCGAAUGGGACAUGGAGGUUGCUGCUGCGGCCGAGGCGCCAGCAGCGGAGGGAGAAGCGCCCGAGCCGCCGGCGCCUUCUGCCCUACCAGUCGCGGCGGAGGAGGACUCUGCUUUGCCGACGGCUGUCGGUGGUGGCGGCGGUGGCACGCCCGAGGGCAGGCAAGUACGCAGAAGGAAGAGCAAGGCUGUGCCGUGGACGCUAGAUGAGCACAGUCAUUUCUUAGCGGGUCUCGACAACUAUAAAGGCAAUUGGAAGGCGAUGUCGAUGGAAUACCUGCCGUCCAGGAGCGCGAGCCAGAUCGCCAGCCAUUACCAGAAGUACCAGAACAGGAAGAAGCAGAGAAAGCGCGAUGAGUGCAAGCGGGCGAGCAUUCACGACAUCACUGAACCUGCCAGCGCCGCCGUCGUUGCAGUUGCAGGUAGGGUUGAAAACGGUCGGAAACGGAUAUAG